UAAAUCUUAGAAUAAAGAAGCAUAAAAUGCAAAAGUCAGAAGAUACAAUUGGUGAUGAUGAUGAAAAUGAACAGCUUGUACCUUAUGAUUUUCAUGAGGAAAAAUACGAGUUUGCAAAACACUGUUUCUCAAAGAGGCAUAAGGAGGAACCAUUUAAAUUUUCAAAGAAUUGUUUAACCAAGAAGCGUCCAUAUUCAGUAUUUAAUUAUGAUUUUGAUAAUAAUAAGAUCUGCUUUUCUUCAAUAGAAUAUCCUCCAUUUAAAAAAAGGUGUUGUGAAAAUGGACAAUGUUUGCCAGAUGUCACAUGGAACUCAUUUGAAGAUUUGUUUGCUUAUCUAAAGUACAGAGUUUUUUCUUUUGCUAUAAAUAAAUGUCAUAUGGUAAACAUGAAGAACAUCCAACCAAAGAAAAAGAAAGGUAUCACAAGAACAAAUAAAAAUACAGAACUAUUUUUUGAAUUAUGUACAUCAUCAAAUAAUAAACAAGUAAACAACAUUAAUAAAUGUAAGACAGUUGCUGAUAAAAAAGAUUGCAUCAUAAAUAAUGAAGUAAUUGACACAUCAACAAAUGCAACACAUUUUUCAUUAAACAGUUUUAAUGAACAAAAUUCUCCAGAAUUGGAUUUGUUUGGUUGCCAAAUAAAAAUGGGUUUGCCAACAUUUGUCUCGCUUAAAUCCAUUUACUCACCUGAAUUGUGUAAAAUGGAAGAUGCUGUUAAUAAGGAAUGUGUGCAUACUCUAGAGGUUGAUAAUCAGUUGAAAUUAUUAAAUGGUUCUGAACUUUUUAAAAGCCAUCAACUAACUUCACAUUUUGAAUCAACUAAUAAGCAAUCUUCCAAUAAUAUUUUAAAGUUAAAAAGUUGGGUUUGUUCUCCUGUAAAAUAUGAAAAAGAUUCUCCAUUGCUUAUUUCAAAUGACUUUCAGAUCCCUGAUGAUUUACCCAAUGAAAAUCUUCAUGUUGUUCCAGAUGAAAACUUAGCUUUGGAUCAAAAUGAUAAACCUUUGGAAACCUCAGAAUCUCUCUAUCCAAAUGAAAAUCACUUUGAUUAUGAGAAGUUUUGUUCAUUAAAUGACAAAAAAGUCUCUAUAUCAUCAGAAUCUCUACUUUUACCAUUGCAGGAAAGGUCAUUGCCUUUUAACAAAAGUGAAAGAUCUGUUUCUAAGAAUACUAUUGACUACAUAAUAUCUGAACUUAUGUCAACUCAAGGACCAUCUAACAUGGACCUUGAUUUACAAAGACCAUCAAUAGAAUAUAGUUUAAACAACUCAGUAAAACGAAAGAUAAGUUUUGAUCAACUAGAAAAUUCAGUUGUCCCUAAUAUUGAAGAUAUUCAGAUCAAAUGUUUUUCAAAGGGAAACAUUCUAAAAAAAGUUAAAGAUUCUCAAGAAGAAAAUUUGUUGGAACAGGGUUGUUUUCCGCGACCGCAAGCAUUGGGAUCAAGUAUUUCAGUUCCAUUUUCUCACGAGAUUUUUAUAAAUAACAUUCCUAAUUUUAAGACGCCACAGAAAUUGAGGCUUGGUUUAUCAAAAAAAAGGAGAGUGCUUUCUUUGCAUCCGCACCAUGAAUAAAAGGUUUUACGACGGUUUUUAAAACUGUAAAACUUUAAGUGUCAUAUUUUGUGUUUAUUAAAUUAGCUUGCGUUUUUUAAGAAAGUAAAAAGUGUUUAUAUUUUGACCUGUAAAUAAUUGUUGAUAAUAGUUUUUUUGUAAUUCUACAAAUUAGUUUUAUAAUAUUUAAAUAGUUUUGCUUUUUAUUAUUAUUAUCAACCCAAGUUUUUACUUGCAGGAAAAAAAAAAUUUAUUAAAUGAUUACACAAGGUUUUUAUUUAUUAUUGGUAAAAUGUUAUAAUUUUUACAAGUUCUUUACUGUUAAUAUUUGUUACAAUUGUUAAUAAAGAUUUUUAACUAAA